AUGGCGUCAACUAACCAUGCAAUUGUCUUCGGGGCAGCCGGCCUACUCGGCUGGGCGACGCUGAACCAACUGCUGUCCCCAACCAGCCCCUUCUCCCGCAUUACCGCCAUCCUGAAUCGCCCUGUGUCAGAGUCCGACCUCCAUCUACCCCCAGCUCCAGAUCGGCCAGCUCUUGAAAUCGCUUCCGGGAUCAACCUUCUGCAAGGGACGGCUGGUGAUCUGGCCAAGCAGCUGAAGGAGAAAGUUCCGGAUGUUGAAAGCAUCACCCAUGUCUUUUAUUUCGUAUUUUCACCAUUCAACGGUGAUCACGUUGAGGAAUGCAACCAGAACUGUGACAUGGUGCGACGAGUGGUGGACGCGCUGAACACACUUGCAUUAAACCUGCAAUCAUUCAUCUACCCCGGUGGCUCAAGGGGCUACGGCACCUACAUUCCCGGCGGCAUCUUCCAACCACCAUUGACCGAGUCCAUGGCCGACACCCUACCAGAAGACUACGCCAAAACGGUCGCAUACCCCUGGAUUCGGAAAAUAUUGAACGACGCCAGCAAAGGCCGAAGCUGGACAUGGAGCGAACUCUGCCCCGACGCCGUAAUCGGAUUCACGCCGAACGGCUCGGCCUUCUCCCUCGCUCUCCACUGGGCGCAGUACCUCUCUCUAUACGCGUAUAACCACCGACACCAACUAUCUGAAGGAAAAGAGGUGGAGGUUCCAUAUCCAGGAAACGAAGCCGGAUACAGAUCGCUGUUCACGCCCGUGUCCGGUCCAAUCCUAGGUAAAAUCGCGAUCCAUGCAGCGCUUAACCCGGGGACGUGCGGAGGGAAAGUCAUCAACAUGCUGGACAAGGACAAGCCCGUCAGUGCGAGCGAUUUGUGGCCUGGCAUUGCGGCGUGGUUUGGGCUCAAGGGAGUUGGGCUGGUGGGCGAUGAUGAUAAACUGAAGCCAGGGGAAUAUAUCGAGAAAUACCGCCAUCUUUUCGCCGAGAAUGGCAAGCCGAAGGCAUUGGCGUGCGGCGUUGGAGCUGGAAACAAGCAAUUGGAUUCUUUUGGCUGGUGGCUAGUGUUCGAUCGGCAGUUCAGCUCUGAACGAUUGAGAUCGGUUGGAUUCAUGGAGCAGCGGGACCCUCUUGAGGGCUGGAUGGAGGCCUUUGAGCAGUUUAGGGAAGCAGGGAUCAUAUUCUGA